GUAUGUAUACAUGUGCAUUCACAUUGCUUACAUGUACAGUGUACAUAUCACAUGUGUAGUGUGGUUGUGGUUGGUAUGUACUGUACAUGCUGUGCCCUUGACAAAAGAAAUACAUGUACAUGUACACCAACAUUGUGGAUCUCCCAAAUAUGGGCAGUGUUGGCAGAAGCAAUCUGUGUAGUGUAGUCCUGAACUAAAGAAGUGUUGUGUAUGUACAACACUCGGUGUACCAUUAUGCAUGUACAUGUAUGCCUGAGAAUGCUGUGGUGCACUAAAUAUGGAUAUGUUGAAUAGAGACUAAGAACUCAAUUGUUUUUUAACUACAUGUAAGCAAGCGAUUGUUGGGAGAACUAUAGGGAAACUUCUCUCUGUGAUACCUACAAGGUAGAUGAUUCUUAAACUGGUUGCGUAUGAAUGUCCUUUUCAAAUGAGAAUAAUUCAGUGCUUCUUUUGGCAAUGUAUUCCUUGAUCGGCAACAUCAUGAUUUCAUAAUCCAGUGAUCCUUCAUCAGUUUGAAGGACAGAGUCCAUAGUCUGAAGUUCUGAACAUUUUCUCCUGACCUGUGUCUUCAUGAAACAAUGCAUUUUUCCCCUCAAAAUGCAAAUGCAAAAAACCCUUGUGCUCUGUUUAAAACACAGGCAUCUCAAGUCUUAAUUUGACUUUAUCGUUUAAUGUACAUGUACACGCACAUGUCCCUUAGAGAUGUUAUCUUGCACAAAUGAUGAGACCUACAUGUGUUAGAUUUUCUGAUGACAUGCUAUAAGUUUCUGUGACGUGGUCAAACUGGAAAUCCAUAUCACUCUGUCAUCUCAUGCUUGUUAGCACAAACAUGUUUUUCUGAUGAUAUGCAACAAAUUUCUGUGACGUCAUCAAACUGAAAACCGUAUCACUCCAUCGCCGCAUGGUUUGAAGUUAAACUUUAUGCACUCUUUAUAGUACAUGUACACAUACACUGUACAUAUGUGAUACGGCAUUAAUUCUUCCCAGAGGUACAAAGCAUGUUACUGUUUUGUUAUGUACAUUUAUGUGCAGACAUAGUAGCUCAGCAGUGUGUCAGUGAUCAGAACAAAGACCUAAACUACCAGAGGCUUUUUCAUGUCUGUGCAAGUUUGUGAUGGUUCCUUGAACUUCCCUCAUUUAUAAGCAAUUGAAUUCUAGCAUUGUAGCAAAUAACAGAAGGACUUGUUAGCCAGUCUAGCCUAAAUCUCCUUCAACAUCCAUCCUCUGGGAUGCAGCAUUCUUGAGAUUCUUUACAAGUCACACCAGUGAUGCAGGGAGGAACCCAGCCAGGCAGUCAGCAAGGAAAUUGUUCUAGUGAACUUGAGCUUUAUGGCACAGUAGACAGACCAAACCAUCAUGGCGCAGUUGUUUCAUUGUGUGAGAUAAAUUGGAUUACCCAUUUGUCUUCAUCGUCAAGAUGUGAUUUGAUAGUCAGACAAGUCAUGCAUUUCAUGCUGGUAUAUAUGCAUGAAUUGCAAUAUCUAGAUUUGUGAAGCACUGUUGUUCUUGUGGACAAUGGAAAUCAAACUGAUGCUGACUAGUUCAUACCCAUGGAUCUGUCCUAAUUUUGCUAAGGAACACAGUUAAAGAAGAUCUGUGAACAACACAACUGUGCCAGAAUUUUGUAGUGCAAAUUGAUAGACGGGAGUUCUGCUUGUUGCAUCAUGGAGUGAACAUCUUCUGAAGAUGAGUCCGAUGCCAUGAGGAGGAUAAUUGUGUCACCAGUGUGCUUGAAUGUGAAAUUCAGUACAUCGAGAAUGUGCGGUUAUCUCCAUGGAAAUUGAACGUUUUUUACAUUACAUGUAGAUGAGUUUACUCAAUCUGCGACUGGGACUCCUGAUGCAUAUUUGUAUCCAUCCAUUUCUGCGGCAAUGGAGAGAGAUCUCAUCUCUAUAUCUGACAUGGCAGGGUGUUGUCAAUCGGAUUGUGGGAUUGAGAGUCUGGUAGAAGAACUAUGUGUUAAACUGAAGCGAGUGAAAGAGGAACGUGACAGAGGGACCAAGGAUGGAGUUGGAACCAGCGAUGAGGAGACAGGCUCACCACUGAAACCAGGCGUGAAGACUGAACAUCAUGAGAACCCUGCUUCCCAAGCUGCAAAGUAUUACCAGGCUUUCCCGGCCCUUAGUGAUAAAACAAACACCAUCAUGACCUCCGAUCCCAAGCCGCAUGGAGCCUGGGCUUCUAGCAAGAAAUCUCCACCUGAUGGUCAGGUAGAGAUGACCAAAAGAGAGAGGAAAGUGGUCAAGAGUGUCUCUGCCUCCUCCUCCAGAGGGAGUAGAUCUCCUGCUAGGAAGCACCAGCGGGCCAAAAGUCUACCAAACAGCAUGAGCCACCCUGAUGAUAACUUGACGUUUGUAGUCCCUAAAUAUCAGUCCAAGAAGAGUUAUGGGAGGAAACAGGUUGAGGGAAAGCCUUCAACUGAAAGGAAUGGGGAGAUAAUGGGAAGAGUUGGAGAUAGGAUUGGCGCUGUGACAAUUCAAGCCAAGAAUCUACAGCAGCCAUGUGCCUGGGAGAGAAAAGAGAGGACCCAAGAGGUUUUGAAUGUCAGUCCCAGCCAGAGUCCAGAGUUUGAAGAGUUGUUGGAAGAUGCUGUAGUUGAUGAGAAGGAGAUUAGCUGGUUCACAGAGCCGGUGAUUCCUGUCCUGGACCGGGGGAAGGGCCUAAGUAAGCUACAGACAGUCUACCAAUCAGGCGCCAGUAGUCCAUGUGUCAAGACAUCACCUAGUGAAAUCAGCUUGGAAGAAGCUGUCAAUUCACUGGCAGAGAGCCUCUGCCGUGACAUAUUUGAAGAUGAUCAGUGCAAUGUAGGCGAUAUCCAGUCCGAAGAAGGUCCAGUACCCAUUCAAGAGGUCUGUGAAGGCGACAUGAGUCCACAUGUACCUCAACUGGUCACUGCUGUCCACAGUCUUCUGGAAGGAGAUUCAGCAGAGAGAGGAAGACAUGGAGAUAAGCCAGAUCUCUUGUCUCUGCUGGAUUCUAGCAAAUCUGAUGCAUAUGCCUGUCAAGGAAGAAAUGUCUCUUCCCUGCAGGCCAUGCCAUUGCUAGUCGUAGACAGCCAAGCCAGUCUGAGCAUGCGACAAGGUCAGUCUGGGAAAGAUACAGAUGUUGAAUGUAUGGCCCACCAGACUCUGACAUCGUCUACUUCAUCAAGCCAAGAGCAUCUGGAAGACCAUACCACUGACUUAGGUGGAGCUCCUUACCCACUAUCUUGCAUCUGGGAUCAAGAGCUUCCACCUGCCAAGGAGCCCUGGGAAAGAUCUCCACAAAAGUUGAAUGCGUCUAACUGGCCAGAUCAACAGGAAUGCAGUAAGGAGCAAUGUUUUGAGCAAAGUCAUCAAGAGUGCACAAAAAUAGGCAAUGUCCAGGAUUUACCAGAAGCCUUAAAGGUAAUGGUAGAUCACGACAGAAUAACAGUAUCUGCAGUGGGUUCCCUUCGGGAAGAAGAGUCACUUCUUCGUAUCUGUUGUCCAACACACAGUCAUCACCAGUGCCCUGCUACAUCUGCUGUGAUUAGUCAGUUCCUCCCGGGCCAUUUUCCAUUCUCAGAGGAAGCAUUUGGUCCAGAAGCACCUCUGCCAAGUCCCAACAGUGUGCUUUCCUGCAGCGACCCAGGAAGUCCAUUCUACUCUGAAAGUGAACAAGAUUCUUUGGCAAAGGGUAUUAUAUCUGCUUGUAAUCUGGAUGAAUCAACUCCUACUGCUGCUGAUGUUCAACCAUUGGACAUUAACAGCGCUCUGUGGUCAACCUAUGAUACUCAGCCACGAUAUUACCAUCCCCCCAAGAUAGUUCGUUGGGAGGAUGGCUCCUUUGUCAGGGGUGGGUUGGUAAGAAGACGCAAGAGUUCCUUCAUUGAGGGUGGUGUGUAUGGCAGUCCAUAUAGCAGUCAAAACAACAGUCACUACAAUAGCUGCAGCACAAGUCCCUGUGAAAGUGGCAGCUUACGGGAUCUGUGGAAUCCAGCAGCUGUGCAGGAGGUGAGUGCCUUAGUGACUUCCAUGAAGGAAUUGAUCAGUCCAGAGUCUGGAUCAGUUGGCCGGAAGUCUGAGAGUGGCUUGAGUGAUUCAUCAGCUAAGAAAGGUGCAGCAACUCCAGAACAGGUGCUAGAGUCUUCUCAGCAGGAUGAACAGAGUUUGAUUGAAGAUAGCCUCAUGGAUAGUCCUGUCUUCAUUUGCUCAAGGAGCUCCUCUCGGUUUGAGUUUGCUCGGAGUGUGAGUGAUCUAGAUGGAAGUCUGAGUCCUGCCAGUGCAGCUGGUACAGAAACAGAUGAAAUGGUUUCAGAGGCAGAGCUACUUGAAGAAGUUCUGAAAGACCCUGGAGAGAUGGAAGAAAUGAAAGAGUGCAAUAAGAAAGUGAUAAAGAGCAAGUUAGAUGCCAAAGAUGAUGAAUGGAGUGAUUCACUAAAGCAAAGCUUCCAAACUGAUGGCAGCUCACAGGAGCUCACUCCAUCUUGGUUGACACCUCCUCAGCAAGGCAGUGCUUCUGGUUUCACAGAUGAUCUUUGCUCAGAGAAGAGUCAGGGGUCUCUUAGCUUGACAGGUAUUGUACCCACAAUCAGCAAACCUGAGGCUAUCCGGAAAGGUAGACGUCCCUUUGAUCUGGCUGUGGGUGGUUCUAGUCCAAUGCGACAAAAGGCUGAUCUGGGAGAUGGUAGUCUAGCCAUGGACGAGUUACUGAUAUCUCCCAAGACCCAUUUCCGACCCAUCCAUGAGAGCCUAUCUCCUGAUGAAUCUUCAGGAGAUGAGGAUGCUGAUGAAUCUCGUGUCUUGGACUCACCUCAUCCAGGGAGUCUUGACAAGUUGACCAUCAGUAAAGUUGUUGGGAGUGCCCCUCGUAAGUCACCCUCUUCAGAUCAGGGGCCAAUGUCCAACCCCCUUGAAGUGGAUCUAGGUAGUUUCCAUGCCAGCAGUCCCAGCAAGGCUAGAAGUGAUUAUACACACGAUGAUGGAGCAUGGGUCAAAGGUCAAGGGGGACAUCCAGCAAACUAUGCAAGUUUGCAGUGGGUGGUUGGACAGCAUGGUGAACACUACAAUUGGACAGAUGGUGAAGGUCAUGUAGAAGCCCCAGUUGGAGUAGAGAUGGAUCCUAUCAUGCAUCUAGACUACGAAAACCAGAUGUUUGCAUUCGAAGACGAAGCCUCCUUAAAGGGGGAGGAACUUGCUAAUGUGGGAGGUGGGACGGUGAAAGCAGUAUAUUCCUCGCAGCUGGAGGAAAUGUGGCUAGGAGAAGCAGCUAAUGAUGCCAAGCAAAGCAGACCGCCCUGGAGGAAACACAGACGGAAAAUAGGUUUUCACAAGAAGCCAUGUAGUUUUUUCUUGGAGGGGAAGUGUCGUCGGACAGACUGCCCCUUCGCUCACGAUGUCAGCAGCAUUGUUUGUCGAUUCUGGGAAGAAGGGCAAUGUCUAAAAGGAGGAGAGUGUCCAUUCAUGCAUGGAUAUCCAAGUGAAAUACAUUCUUCGGAAGACAGGCUUUCUCCAGUCUCCAAAUAUGGCCAAGUUGAAGCCUUAAGAAGAAAGAAAAAUACAGAGGAUGGUGACGGAACAUGGCACGCUCACACACAGAUGACUCCUUCCUCUUCACGUCUGACAUCAGAGGGCUCUGUACCAUUUCCAAGGAAUCAAAAGUCUUUGGGUCAGCUUCCGUUGGAUGUCAGCCCCAAGCAUGCUAGGUCUCUUCCAAUUAACAUCCGUUCAAAACCAAGGUGACGUUGGCUUCCCGUUUAGAACUUUCUAGUAGCAUCUUUUCGUUGUUAGUCUUUUUGUGGGUAGGAAUGAGAAUACUAGUCCUUUUCGCUACAUCCUUAGGAUUGUUUGAGAGUAUGUUUGUAGAGAUCUGUUGAUGUUUGUCAAGUUUAAGAACUACAGUCCUUGAACUGUGGCUUAGAUGAAAGCCAUGGAUCAGCUACUUUUUCAUCCUUUCUACUUCCCAUGUGUGCUACAAUGAAUUGUAAAACGCUGUACAAAGUCUUGUGCUGCAUGGAAUCUUUGACUUCCCAGUGACGAUUGCACUGGAUUCUGUCACAUGGAUUGCAAGUGGUUUGUUGUGAUGUAUUAUCCUCAUAUAUGACACCACAUGGAUACAUUUACAGCCGCCAAUGUCACAGCAAAGUCUCUCUUUGGGUUGGGGUACUGGUAAGAGUAAGGUUUGGGUAAUUCCAGAAAUUAGGGGUCCAAUUUUUUCGUGUCUCUCUCACAUCUGACAUACGAUUUUGUAAGUCC